UAGCCCUAAAUCACAAGUGUCUCAAAGGGCUGCACAAGCCACAACGACAUCCUCGGUACAGAGCCCACAUAAGGGCAAGGAAAAACUCACCCCAGUGGGACGUCGAUUAAUGUUUUCCUCUUAUUUUAAUGUGUUUUUGUACCUUAUUUUUUGUGGACGUUUUGAAUCAGCAUUGCAACCACAUAAUUUCCCCAUUGUGGGAUAUAUAAAAGUCUAGCUUAUCUUUAAUAAAGGCCAAUACAGUUCUUAAGUGUACCUAAAGCUAGCACCAACUUCCAAAGUCACGUAAAAGUCAUCUUAAUGGCAGCGACGCCAUGAGAGUGCUCUAAAUUUACACAGCAGUAAUCAAUCCUCUUUCACACAGAGGAGGACCGACCAAUGAAAGCCAUCUUGUCAACUAAAACAAGUUAAUGCCAAAGAAGUUGCUAAUGACUACUUUGUGCACAAGUGUCUAAAAAAGAGAUACGACAGCUGACUGAAGCGUUGGUGAUUAAACGCAGCUGCUCGCUACGUCAAAUGCAUCGCCUAAAUUAGCUCUGAACAGCUGACUUGAGAAGAAACUGCAUGUUAACGUGAAUAAAGAUGCAUCAUGGUCAUUCUUUUAACGCCACAGUUUAAUAUCAUGAAGGAUUUAAAUCACGGCUGUGCUGAGUUUAGGAGGGGGAGGGGGCGGGCCUUCAGCGCAAAGGGGACAGACAGGGUGUAUUUUUGUAAACCAUGUGCUCUCCUUCACACCUGUCAGUCAUAUAGCACUCAAGCUGCUCUCUUAACACACUACACAACCAAGAAGACUACCAAGAUGGUGUCAGGGCUCGUCCUGCUGGCAAACUCUCUUCUCGGGCUCCUGAAUGCAUCCCUGGUGUUUGGAACCAACCUCACUGGUAGACUUCUGGCCAGUGAGGCAUUCAGAAGACAUUUCCACCUACUGCUCUCCACUUUGGUUCUGGUCGGGCCCGUGCUGAGUUUGUGGGUGUCCAAGUACAGCGUCUUUGCAAACGGCAACCACUAUCUUUACAGGAAGUUUCUCAAUUCAACUUGGGGUUGGACGUGCACCCUGACAAGUUCCUUCAUCAUCCUCCUCUCCCUAUCGGCCCGUCACCCAGCCUCCCUCUGCCUUCGCCAUCUCUCCCGACUGGGCCUCUCGGGCCUGAUCUGGUGGGGCUGCCAGCGCCUCCUCACCCUGCUGGAGGACGCGGCCGGGACCUGCUACGAGCCCGUCCUCCAUGGCCAGGAGAGCGCUGCCUCUUCUGCACAGCCUCUGCUGCUCCUCCAUGAAGACCAGACCAAAGCGUCGUGCCUGAGCAGCAGAAUGCAAUGGCGGGGCUAUGAAGUCUCCCAGGACGUGCUCAUCCUCUGCUUGUGCUGCCUCUUGCUCGUGGAGGAGCUGUCCGUCUUUGGACGCCACCUCCACCAAAAGUCCCCCGACGGAGCCCCGCUGAGGUUCACGUUCCUCCUGUGUGUGCUUCUUCUCGCCGUCUGGGUGUUCCUGCUCCUGUGUGUGUUGGCGCACUUCCCAAAGUUCCCAGCACAGCAGCUGGGAGGAGCUCUGGGCUAUCUGGGAUGGAGAGGCCUCUAUCAGGGAUGGUUCCGCCUCAAACCGAGUUGGCACUGUCCGGGUUUGCCAGGGGACCAACUUUUAACAACAAAAGUAGAAUAAAAGUCCGGUAGUUGUGUAACAGUGUAUCCCAGCAGGCAUGCUACAAUUGUUUUUGACUGACCACAGACUGCAAGAAAUCUUUGUUUUAUUUUGUAAUGUGUUGCAAAAGA